UCGGCCAGAGCUUAGAUAGGUAUGACUAUUUACCUCUUCUUUGUCUGCUUUAUUCAAAAAAUUCAAAUAUGAAUGCUUUGGAAUAUUUUGAAAAUCCAUUUCUUAUGUACAAAAACGAAUUAGAUGAAAUGCAUGUUCAAUCGAAUAAGACAAAGCUGUGUGUUUUAUUCUUACUGGUUGUCUUCGAUGGUUGCAUUUUUGAAAGAACCAUCCGGGGUGAAAAGUUCAGACAGACACUUGAACUCAUAUUUGAUAGCUUUAUUGUCAACCGUGGAACACCAACUGAUUUGGUUAUUCAUGAACUGAAUACACUUCUAGGAACGUACUUGGAAUUAAGGGAAAUACAAAAGACAGAUGAGAUUGAGUCAAAUAGUUCUGCUUAUCAUGCAGUUCAUGACAAAAUGUUUGACUUUUUAUGUUGGUACUUUGGUGGAAAGUUUCAAAAAUGUAUGUUGAAAUUUUCCGAUGAUAAUAUCAUAUGUUGUAGAAUGCAGCUGAAAAGUUUACAUGAAAACUGUGAAGUAUUUGAAAUAAUAAUUGAAAAGGACAACGAACAGAUUUAUUUUGACAGAAUUGUUGAUAUGUUAAGGAAAGGCAAAAUAUACGAUAUUGUUUGUAACAGGCAAAUGCAAGAUGAAGUAUACAGAUCGAAGCUUAUUUCUCAUCUGCAGCUAUUUACAAACGACAAGAUAAAAAUCUUGUUGCAUGCACAAGAUAAAAAAGGAAAAACUCUUACGUACCUAGUAUGUUUGAAAGGAUACACAGACCUUGUACAAUUUAUUCUCGAGAGGACAGAUGAUAUUAAUGCAGAUCAUUUUAGCACAUAUCCACCGUUAGUUGGAGCUUGUGAAAAUGGGGAUGAUAUUAUAGUGCAGUUGUUGCUAAGUAAAGGGGCAAACAUAAACAAAGCUGACGUUAGUUAUCAAUCUCCUCUGAUUAUGGCCUUAAAAGGUUGUCAUUAUUCAGAUAGGCAUGUUGAUAGUUCUACAAGCAACAAUUAUAGUCUAAUCUUAGACUUGCUUAUAGAAAAUGGAGCACAUAUGGAUAACCUUGAAGAAUUUUACAAAUGUCUUUUCAUUCAGAAAAAUGUUUCCCCACUUAUUGGUGCAAGUUCCUUAGGGAAACUCCGUAUGGUUAAAAGCUUCAUACAGAGAGGAGACGUCCUGAAUGAAACAGAUGCCAGAGAGUUUACACCUCUGCACUGGGCCAUUUAUAAUGGACAUUAUAAUACAGCAAAAUAUCUUAUUGAUGUGGGAUCAAACUUGCGUGUUCAUGAGCAGGAUGGUAGAAAUGCAUUUAUGUUGGCAUGCUAUUCUGGGUGUACUGAAAUAGUUAAGUACCUUUUGAAUAAGAAAUUUAAUGUAAACCAAGCUAAUGCUAGAGGAUGGACUCCUAUAUUGUAUGCAAUAAACGGCAUGGGAGAAGCGGGUAACUCAGUAAUGACUGUAAAUUUUCUGAUUAACAAUGGAGCUGAUGUAGGUCUCUGUAAUAAAGAGGGACUAACCCCAUUGAUGUUAUCGUGUAAACAUGGAAUUUUUAAAAUAACAGAGUACAUUUUAGAAAAGCACAUUAAUAUCAAUCAAAAAGACAUGAGCGGAAUUACUGCGUUGAUGUAUGCAAGUUUACAUGGUCACACAGAUAUUUGUACUUUUCUUCUUUCCAAAGGGGCAAGCAUACAUGACGUUGACAUGCAUAAGGCGACAUGUCUGAUGUGGGCAUGCUUUAUGGGCUAUACAAGUACUGCAGAGUUGCUUAUAUCUGUUGGAUGUGAAAUUAACAAGAAAGAUAGGCAUGGAAAUACGGCUAUUUUAUUGGCAUCAAAAUAUGGUUACACAGGUAACGAUUUUUCACUUAUGUCUAAGGGAGCUAAGGCAAAUAUAAAUAACCCUGAAGUAAAUGUUGGAAACGCUGCUCCAAUAUAUGCAGCAACUGAUAGUCAUAAAAACAUUGUAGACUUACUUGUAACAAAAGGAGCAGAUUUUAAUGUUGUUGAUAAAGAUGGAAACACUACUCUCAUAUUAGCAACAAAGCGUGGUCAUACAGACACUGUAGAUUUACUUAUUACAGAAGGAGCAGAUGUCAAUGCUGCUAAUAAAGAUGGAAACACUGCUCUCAUAUUAGCAGCCAGUACUGGUCAUACAGACACUGUAGAUUUACUUAUUACAAAAGGAGCAGAUGUCAAUGCUGCUAAUAGAGAUGGAAACACUGUUCUCAUAUCAGCAGCAAAGACUGGUCAUACAGACACUGUAGAUUUACUUAUAACAAAAGGAGCAGAUGUCAAUGCUGCUAAUAGAGAUGGAAACACUGUUCUCAUAUCAGCAGCAAGGACUGGUGACAAAGACACUGUAGAUUUACUUAUUACAAAAGGAGCAGAUGUCAAUGCUUCUAGUAAAGACGGAACCAUUUCUAUCAUAGCAGCAGCAAGGACUGGUGAAAAAGACAUUGUAGAUUUACUUAUUACUAAAGGAGCCGAUGUAAAUGCUGCUGAUAAAAAUGGCCAAACUGCUCUCAUAUUAGCAGCUAGUGCUGGUCAUAAAGAUACUGUAGAUUUACUUAUCACAGAAGGAACAGAUGUUAAUGCUGUUGAUAAAGAUGGAAACACUGCUCUCAUAUUAAUAGCAAGGGCUGGUUAUAAAAUCACUGUCGAUUUACUUAUUUCUAAAGGAGCGGAUGUAAAUGCUGCUAUUAAAAAUGGAAACACUGCUAUCAUAUUAGCAGCCAGUGCUGGUCAUACAGACACUGUAUAUUUACUAUUAACUAAAGGAGCAGAUUUAAAUGCUGGUAAUAAAGAUGGAGGAACUGCUCUCAUAUUAGCAGCAAUUGGUGGUUAUAAAGACACUGUAGAUUUACUAAUAACUAAAGGAGCAAAUGUAAAUGCUGCUAAUAAAAAUAGGAACACUGCUCUCAUAUCAAUAGCAGAAGGUGGUCAUACAGACACUGUAGAUUUACUUAUUAUUAAAGGAGCGGAUGUAAAUGCUGCAAAUGAAAAUGGAAAAACUGCUCUCAUAUCAGCAGCCAUUUAUGGUCAAACAGACACUGUAGAUUUACUUAUUAUUAAAGGAGCGGAUGUAAAUGCUGUUAAUGAAUAUGGAAAAACUGCUCUCUUAUUAGCAGCAAAUGGUGGUUAUAAAGACACUGUAGAUUUACUAAUAGCUAAAGGAGCAAAUGUAAAUGCUGCUGAUAAAUUUGGGGACUCUGCUCUCAUAUUAAUAGCAAGGGCUGGUCUUACAGACACUGUAGAUUUACUUUUAAAAAAAGGAGCAGAUAUAAAUGCUGCUAAUAAAAAUGGAAUUACUGCUUUCAGUUUAGCAACAAUAAAUGGUCAUACAGAAACUGUAGAUUUUCUUAUUACAAAAGGAACAGAUGUUAAUGGUGUAAGAGAUGAUGGAAAAACUGCUCUCGUAUGCGCAAUGGAGUAUGGUCUCAAAAACAUGGUAAAUUUACUUAUGGCUAAAGGAGCAAGUGUAAAUGUUCUUGAUAAAAAUGAAGAAACUGUUCUCACAUUAGCAGCAAGGGUUGGUCAUACAGACAUCAUUGAUUCAUUUAUUAGAAACGGAGCACGUGUCGAUGCUGCUAAUAAAGAUGGAAACACUGCUCUUAUAUUAGCAACAAUGCAUGGUCAUACAAACACUGUAGGUUUACUUAUUGCAAAAAGAGCACGUGUUAAUGCUGCUAAUAAAGAUGGAAACACUGCUCUCAUCUUAGCAAUAGAGUAUGGUCAAAAAGACAUUGUAAGUUUACUUAUGGCUAAAGGAGCAGAUUUUAAUGUUGCUAAUAAAGAUGGAAACACAGCUCUUAUAUUAGCAGCAAUGGCUGGUCGUACAGGCACUGUAGAUUUACUAUUUACUAAAGGAGCAGAUAUUAAUGCUCUUAAUGAAAGUGGAAACACUGCUCUCAUAUUAGCAACAAGGCGUGAUCAUACAGACACUAUAGAUUUACUUAUAACAAAAGGAGCAGAUGUCAAUGCUGCUAAUGAAGAUGGAAACACUGCUCUCAUAUUAGCAGCCAGUACUGGUCAUACAGACACUGUAGAUUUACUUAUUACAAAUGGAGCAGCUGUUAAUACUAUUUCAAAAGAUGGAAAUACUGCUUUCUUUUUAGCAUUAGUGCAUGGUCAUAAAGACACUGUAUUUUUUCUUAUAAACUAUAUAUAAGUUAUAAAAUUAUGAAAAGAAAAGUGGAGGUUAGCGGGCAAAAUUUUUAACGGCACUACAUGGAUAAAAGUAGAGGAUUCCGAAAACUAACAAAAAGUCAGAAACAGGAGGAACGAACAUUCUUAAAUACUAAAGGAGCCGUUGUAAAUGCUGCUCAUAAAAUGGCGAACCUGCUCUCAUAUUUUUUGUCAGCAAUCUAACUCAACAAUUUUUAUAUACCGUAUCGGAUAAUGAUUCAAUUCAUUAUACAGUCACUAGAAAUAAGUAUAUCAUACAAACAAGUCUAAGCAAGUGACAACCAUACAUUAUAUCUGGAUCUCAGAGUGUUUGAGAUACAGGGUUAAGGUAGCACUACAGUCUGACUUUUUUUACUUCAACCAACAGCCUUUAAAGAAUAAUUUCUCCAAAAUUACUCAAUGGAUAUUUUAAAUCUUUAUCUCAUUUUAAAGCUGAAAUAUUAUUCUUUCUGUAUCUGUGAAUUGGUAUGGUAAAUUUUAAAAAAGCCCAUUUACUGCCAAAAAAGUGCUCUUCCAACUUGGUAGAGAAUGGCACAUUCAAAACAAAAUUUAAUAGUAGUAAACAUUUGUUUUCAUCCUUUUAAUUGACCAUACACAAGCUACAAAACCGUGUCUCAUAUUUUUGAUAUAUGCCUCCAGUUAGCAGAUAUAUUGAUUUAACUGCUGGGUGCCAUAUCUCAUUCUACCUUUCAUCUUUGGAGACAUAUAGAUUCCUUCAGAAACAAAUUAUCCAAAAACUAUGACAUGAUUUUGUAGAAAAGACUUCCUUUAAUCACAUAUAUCAAAGUCAAACCAAAGGGGUACCCAUCAAGUUUCAAUUUUCAUUUUUUGAUAACAAAUCUCAUGAAAAAUUGUUGUGAAUUAUAACCCUAAUAACCGAAUUUCCCCUUUGAACCCAAAAUAUUGCAACAUAAAUAUAAAACACACCAGGAGUGUUCUGACAUCAUUAUUUUAUCAAUAGAAGCAAACAGUUUUUGUUUCUUGUAAACUUAAACUGUCAAUUUUGCAUUAUUUGUGCACUGUCCCUCCCUUAACAACACUAAUUUAGAAUUUGGCGGGAGUUCGACGUCACAGAUUUGACCAGCAUCUGUAAUAUGGUCAAAGAUCCUCUCCUGUCCAGAAAGUCUAAGAUAAGAGAUUGUGAAGAGUGACCAGGUGCAUAUAAUUAAUAUUUAUACAUUAUUCUCACAAUGAAAUAAUAAUUAUUAUUCAUAUUUAAAAAGAAAUAUAUGGUUCUGUGAAAUUAACUAAGACACAGACACUUAAAAAUGUGUAAUAAAAGAUAUUUUAUACUACCUACAAUCCUCUACAAAAUAGAACAGUAAAUUCUAGUUUAUUAAGUAAAAAGUUUUAAACACAUUUUAAGAAAAAAAAACAAACAAUUUCACUACUAUCCAGGUGGUUUGUCUAGAAUACGGAUUGUUGUGAAUGUCACUGUUGCUGGUGUCAGAUUCAGAUACAAAUUCUUCUUGCCUUAGUGAGAACAUUUGUCAGAGACUUUCAAAGCUACCCUUACACAUUAAUAUUUAUCUGUGUCUCAUUUUAAAUUUUCCCCUCUACAUUUUUGCGUGAACUCCCUGAGGGGUUCACGCUUAUAUAUUGGCGAGUUUUGGAUGUGUCUAUGGGCCACUCGAUAUCUCUCGGCCGGAAGUCGGAAUAAAAUUCUCGGAACGUCUCGAAAGUUUUCCGAUCAUUUAUACAGGUAGUUAGUUAUCUACGUCUUUGAUACGGUCCCUCUAUGGCUGGGCUACCACGUGACAUUACACCAUCAAAGUAAAUUGGAAAGUAAACAAUAAGGUUAGGUUGCAGUCAAUAAAUCGUUUUAAUAAUGUGAAUGUUUUUAAGCGCUUUGAUGUGAAAGUUUCUAAACAAGUAUUAAGACAACGCAAUUAUAUUUGUUUUAAAACGACCCCUGUACACUGUGUGUAUCUAGGUCAAUCAUAACGUGGUAUUGUGCAUUGUCAUGAUAACAUGUAAACUAAUUAAGUCUGAAGAUUUAACCACGUGUGUAUUUUCAUCAUAGACUAAGGAGAGAACAUUCUGGUUUAAAUGUGUAUAUUAGAUCGGAAAACAGAAAGAUAAUAUUAUUAUCUAAAGUAUUCAAUUUAAUUAAUUCAAUAAAAAUCAAAGAAAUAUAUACAAAAUAUAUACUGUAUUUAUGUUUCUGUAGAAACUAAAUAUUAAAAUGAAGUCAGAAUAUUUUCAGAGUUGCAAUUAAGAAAUAAGUAUUUAUAUGACAAGAUACUCUGCUUUGGUAUUUUUAAAUAUUCAUUUGUAAAUGAAACAUGCAUAAUAAUUAAAUCUGAAUAAAUCCUUGCAUCAUACAAAAAAAAUGUUGUUAACAAUAAUAAUUAUAUUUCUACGUUAAUUAUUUCCUACCGUUUUAGUAAGGUUUUAUAAUUAAUUGUUAUUUAUUUUUUUGUAUUGUAACAUAUCCAUAAAACGGAAAGUAAGAUAAAUUAAUUAAAUAUUUAAAUUUUAAAUGGUCAUGAACAAAAAUACUUGUGCGUUUUCAAUUCACAAAGAUUUUAAAUCCUUGCAGCUCACAAAAAAACGUAAUAAUAAUUCACAAUAAUCAUAAUAAAAUUUAAUUAAGCACUAUCAUAAUGUUAAUUUUUUUGUACUGUUUUAGUAUGGAUUUAUAAAUCUUUGCUUAUAUUUUGUAUAGUAAUCUAUUCAUAUAGUGGAAUGGUAGAAUUUAAAAAUAGAUUCAUUUAAUAAAUAAAAUGUCCGUCCGUAGAUACUUGACGUUUGUGUUUAUUGAUACUACAUGUAUAUAUAUUGAAAAUUUUCGGAAAAAAAUUACUAACAGGAACGUAUGUUUAUUAUAAAAUUUCAAUUCUAUUUUUGUUUGUUUGUUUUAAUAGUUUAAACUUAUAACAUCUACAUAUUCGUACUGUGGUACGGUUUUGAAAAUUGUAUUCACUGUGUUGCCCAACUAUCCUACACGUCUUGAUUCAUUCACAUUAUAGAUCACAUUCAAACGCACACUAUCGGUUUGCGUUCUCAAAAAUUCCUAUAAUACUAAUUUCACUCGUGAGUGCGCAUUUUCGUUUUUAUUAUCUAAAUUUAGGACACGGCUGUAAGAGAUUGACAUGUGAUUUUCAUGCACGGUCAUCAUUACUUACGGUAUUCUGACCUCUAGCUGUUUCUCUUUUGUUUCUUUUUUGAGUCACUGUCCUAUUAUAAACUUUGACCUUUUCGAAAAGCUAAGGAUUGUCUUCCCAAGGAAUAGAUUCCUUAACUUUGUAAUUUAUUUGGCCUUUUAACUUUUUUCAUUCGAGUGUCACUGAUGCUUUUUUGUAGACUGGCGUCUGGCGAACAUCAUUUUAAUUCUGGUAUCUUGUUAUAUCUACAUACCUUUUUAUAUAAAUUGGUUAUUUUGAGGGUAUGUACAGGUAUUCAUAAAAUUUCUGAAUUAAGAUAUUCUUCGGCAAAACCAAGUUUCCCUGUAGAAUAUUUGAAUUGAUUUAAGUAAAAUCAGGAAAUCCUUAAAAUUUGAGAUGUUUUAUUUGUCUCUUUAUAAGAUGUCCCAAUCAGUUGCAUGCCACAGGUUUCAUUGCACAUGGAAAUUGGACUUUAGAUGUAUCUAUACAAUUAACAUCUACCAUAAGUACAGACAGCUUCAAUAACGAGUUGAGAACAUGAAGGUCCAUGCAGGAAGCAAAAUAUAAAGAUAUGAUAGAUAAAAUAAAUGCAUGCAGAAUUCCAGAUUAUAAAGCAAACUGAGUGCAUAAAUUUAUCUUGCGAUUGGUUUGUGCAAUUUGCAUAAGUCAUCCGGUUUGUAGAAAUUGGGAUUUGCAAAAGGGUUAUCAUCGGGAAAAUUAUGUACAUUCCCAAGUACUAAAUAAAAUAGUCUAGCUUUAAAAUGUAUAUUUAAAUAGUAGAUGUAAAUAUACACUUUCAACUGACUUCUUCUAAUCACAGUCAAUUAUUUCAAUUCAAAAGCAAACACAAAUUCAGCAACAAUCUUUUGGUUAUUUAAAUAUAUGUAUGUAAAACUAUUGUAAGUUAAAAUUCAUUUGAUUUUUUCCCUGGUCAAGUGAGGCUGUUAAAAUACAGGGGCCCCUAAGUAUGCGACCUGGGCUACUUAGGUAUUUAUAUAUCAGGAAAUGAUUGAAUAAAAAUAUUUGUUAUGGUUAAAAAAAAAUAAAAAAUCUUUUGGUGACUCGGCAGUCAGCGGUCUUAGGUUCACGCAUUGCUUUUUUUUUUUUUUU